GUUUGCGCGGGUUUGGCGUCGUGAUUCAGUUGGUCUUCUUAUAUCUAUCUAUCUCGAAGGAAACACAACAAACACAACAACCUUUUUCAUUCCUUCCUUCCACCUCCUAUCUUAUUAUUAUCCUCCUCAGUUUAUGUUUCUGUUUCUGUUUCGCAGCCAUAAUAUAUAUAAUAAUAAUAACAUACUCAUACGUUGACUUGUACUUUAGUUGUCGCCAAGGUUGUUCCCUCUUUUAUAUAUAUCUCUUGCCAGCUUUUUCUGAUCAAACUGCUUCACUGCCUGCGCCCUCCUUACUCAAACACUGCAAACUCCUCUUCUGUUUUUCAUCCGUUAGAGUUUUGAAAACAUCCCUGAGGCUAGCUAUUUCUUGUUCAUAUUCAUUCACUCGUACAGUCGUACUUCAUUCAGGCGAAGAUUUGAGAACAAGUCAAGGUUCCGUUCCGCAGGACAGGGCCUAGUGGGAGAGAUUGAUUAACACUCGAGUGGAUUCAAAAACUAGAGAACAAGAUUACCCGUAUUAGUAGUAAUGGGAAAGGACUUGGUUUCUUCUGACCAGACCACUGUUCAAAUUCAGGACAAUAAUCCAGGAUGCAUGUGGGGCAUGCUUCAAAUUCUUGAUUACCAUCGUUGGCGCGUAAAAAAGGUGUUUCCUCACAAAAGGAGAAAACAUGCCACAUAUAAGAGAAAACCCAUUUUGUAUGACCAACAUGAAGACCAACAACAUGGAGUUACAGAAGCAGAAUCCCUCCUUGUCGGGCAACAUAGCGAAAAAUUGCAUGCUGCAGGCAGAAGUUCUCCCAAGAAUCGCAAAAAGGAACCAUGCACUGAGAAAAAGGUUAACAACGAAAACUCCAAAGGCGGUAGAACCAUGGACUACUCAAGGAAAAACCAAGUCAGUAAUGAGUAUGCACUUCAUCUGGAGAAAGAUGGCAAGACGACAGAAGAUGACCUUAACCAUAAGCCUAUGGAAACAAACAAGCAUAACAGAAACAUUUCCAAUAAAUUUGAGAAACAUACUGAUGUUUUCGAGUUACUUAGAGUGGAGAAGGAUUUAUUACUCAAAUUUCUUCGAGACACAGACUUUGGUGGGAAAAAAGUCCAACAAGCAUCCCACAUCAAUGCAAGAUUGACAAAAUCUGGGUCAUUUCCUUUAGCCUCAACUUCACAGAUGAGAAACAUAAGCUCUAGGUCCUUAAAACACAAGCAAAACGAAAUUUGGGCCCUUCCAAAGGGAGAAAAGUUGCAUGCUGGUACUCAAGAAUCAAACAUGUCAGUGUCCAGUUCUGUGAAAGAUAAUUCUUAUGAGAAUCCAAUGCCUUUAGCGAGUGAUCUUGGUGUGGAUAGUACCAUGAAACAAAAAGCAUUAUUUUCUUUAAGGCCUUCUCAGGGAUCAAAUCACAAAGGUUGGAAUCAAGCGGUUCUUCAUCAUUUCAAAGUUAUAAAACAGAAGAUAAAACAUGCUCUUGCGGAAUUCAGAAAAAGCGGUUGCCAAGCUACUUCUGCUGAAGCAAUUCACCAUAGGGAUUCACCUGAAUAUAGCAUGAACAAAAAUGAGGAAGAGAUCUCACAAAGCUUAGAAGAUGGUGUGGUUCAACAAUUCAAAAGGAGUAAAAGCUCAAAUGAAACUAGAGCUUCUGAUUAUGAUUCCAACAAGCAUGAUGCUCGCCUCAUGCGAAGAACAUCCUCUCUGAAUGAAUCGUUGGAUAGAUAUACUCAGUUGUUUGAGAAAAGCUUCAGCGAAGACACUAAGUGGCAAAGCUCAAAGUCUAAAAGCUUAAAAUUGACAAACGAGGAUAAGAUCCACAAGAAUGGGCACACUCCUAGGUUUUCAAGAAGCAAUUUGUCUAUGCCUAAUCUCGAGACUUUAGGCUUCAUUCUACAAGAUGCACUUUUUGAUACAAAUGAUAUAGGGAAUAAAGUGGAAGCUUAUAAUCGUGUUCAUAGAAAAUCAGUGAGUCUUCCUUUGAAGAUAGACAGGUCACUUGAUCAUUUUAAAGAGGCUGAAAUUGUGGAAACAGUAGAAGGGAGUGAGAGAGAUGUAAAUCCCAGUCUUUUAUCAGAUAAGAUUAUGGAGAAAAUUGAUGAAGAAGUUACCUGUGACCAGAAGGAGGACAUGAAUGAGCCAGCGGUGGGAGAUGGAAGUUUUCCCGAAGAAAAAGAGGAAAUGAGUAAUAUGACUACCUAUCUUCGCAAGGAGGUGAUGGCAACUCUUGAAACUAGCUUUGAGGACACUAAAACCAGUCAUGAAGGUACAAAAUUGAAUUCACUAAGAUCUACAUUGGACGAAUUGGAGACUGAUCUAUCAUAUUCAUCUGACAGAAAUGCUAGUGUGACAGCUGAAGACACAGACAACACUUCCGAUUUCAAAUAUGUGAAAAAUAUUCUUGAAUUUUCGGGCUACUUGAGAAAUGAGCACACUCAGAUGCCAUACACAGUAGACCAGCCGCUAAAGCCCUCCAUAUUCAAAGAUUUGGAUGCAACUUUGCGCCAUGAAAUUGAACCCUCUGAAGAAGAGACAAUCAACCACCAGCUUCUUUUUAACUUAGUUAACGAGGUGCUGCUUGAAAUAUAUGGAAGGUCUCCAACUUACUUCCCAAGACCAUUCUCAUUCAACCCCCGCCUCCAUUCAAUGCCUAAAGGGAACUAUCUUCUGAAUGAAGUAUGGAAUAGUGUUAAUUCAUACCUGAACUUGAAACCUGAGCUAGAUCAGACACUAGACGAUGUUGUCGGUCGGGAUUUGGCAAAAGGAAAAGGCUGGAUGAUCCUUCAAGAGGAAGAGGAGUAUGUAGCACUUGAAUUAGAGGAAAUGAUCAUGGAUGAGUUGUUAGAUGAAUUUAUCUUCUCAUGAACUCUAUUGAGGGCUGCUUGAUUAGUUAUACCAUGGUUUUGUUCUGGAAAUUCUCCUAGCUGAUCCACGAGUUUUCACAAGAGAAGACAACAAGAUUGGCUCCUAAUUUCAAUAUGAAGAUGUCGUAAGGGACCGAUCUCAAGCCUUUCACUGCUACAGCAAGUUAGCAAUGACAUGCUGUCGAAUAUUGAUUCCAGUGUGUUUCGGCUCCAUGUCCAUUUUUUCAUGCUUAAUAAGAUUCAUAUGUUUAUUAUUAACUUAUAAAUGGGAUUGUCUGGUAUGUCAUGUAAAGCAGUUGCUCAUGGAGAGUUUUGGUGCAUAGCGUGAUUGAUUUUCCAUGUAAAUAUAACAUAUAUGAGUGAAGGUGUUUUUGUAUUCACCUUGGAGCUUUCAUUUCCUUGUACUGGAUUACUGGUAGAGACAGUAAUUGAUGAAAAAUUAUUUUCUACGAAUCAAUAUCAUGUUUCUUCUGCACCGAAAA